GAAAAACUGAUAGAAAGUUUUCACACUUCUCAUUCAUGAGGAGGAGGAGGACUAUUCAAAAGCCGGCCUCUUUUUCUGUUUUGUCUUUAUAUGUAGCAGCUAUUUUACUCUCCUCCCACCACCUUCAUAGAUUGCUUCUAUAGAGAGAAGAAAGAAAGAGCUUUUGUUGUUGUUGUUGCCAAAUCCUUUAUUCUCCAUCCCAUCCCAUGGCUGACGGCGGCACAACUAACAAUUUUUUUGAACAAAUCCUAGCCUACCCAUCACCAGCAGCAACACCCAUGAUGCUGCAACUGAGCUCCGGCCAUGGUGGUGGUGGUGGAUUUCAUGGUGGAGUUAUGAAGGUUGAUGAUCAAGCUUCAGGAAGUGGAGGAGGCCGAACAAAUUCGUAUAUGAAAACUGUAGUGGUGAGGCAUCAGCAGCAGCAACAACAUCAUCAUCAGACGACGACAACAACAACAACAAGAACAGGUGCAGGAGUCGUGAACAAGGGGGGAAGGGUUCGGGCCAGACGAGGACAAGCAACUGAUCCACACAGCAUAGCUGAGAGGUUACGCAGAGAAAGAAUAGCUGAAAGAAUCAGGGCAUUACAGGAAUUGGUACCUACUAUCAACAAGACAGAUAGAGCUGUGAUGAUGGAUGAAAUUCUUGAUUAUGUCAAAUUCCUGCAACUCCAGGUUAAGGUUUUGAGCAUUAGUAGAUUGGGUGGUGGUGGUGGAGCAGCUGUUCCGCUUAUAUUGGAACAAGGGGGGGAUGAAACCGAAUCGUGUUUAAGCAAUGAUGGAACAACAGAGAAACAAGUUGUCAAGCUCAUGGAAGAAAACAACAUUGGGGCUGCAAUGCAGUUUCUUCACUCAAAGGCACUUUGCAUUAUGCCCAUAACAACAACAAUCAAAUGUCACUCUACCCUUCCUCCUCCUGCCUUUUUGAAUUCUUAGUAAUAAUACUAGUAGUAGUGCUCAGUGGGUAAUUGACAAGAUAAGCACUUUUGGUCUAAAUAGUGGAAUUCUACUUAAUUUCUUAUUGGAAGAAGAAGAAGAA